CCUAUAAAAAUGUAUUUAUUUCAGUUGCAAUAUCGUACCGCUGUUUUUCUUUUUUCUUUUAAAGUAUGAUGUAUAUAUGACAUAUAAAGCGCAGAAAGUGCAGCAGAGUUCAAUCAAAACAAACAGACGUCACACAUCUUGCAGUUCUGCAGUCAUCUGCAGUUUGCCUGCAAUUUGUUCACAAUCGAUGGGGUCGAAAAUUUGGAAAUGGAAAAAUAUACCCGGCAUUCCAGGCCGAUGCAAUGAUGUACUUUAUACGCCGCCAAAAUUGCAGCCAACGCAUGAUCUUCUCGUAUUCUUUGGCGGCGAUGUCCAAGACAUUCGAGAAAAUAUGGAAAGGCAUCCAGAUAGUAAGAAGUAUUUGAAAUGGAAUUUAGAAAACACUGCAACUAUACUCUCUGAACAAUUUCCUAGAAGUCACGUAUUUAUCGUUCGUCCAACCAGGAUGUUAAUAACUAAAAGUGCAGUCUACAGUUGUUUCGAUAACUUUGUGCCUGGGGACAAAUAUGGUACACCCUCAUUUUGUCCAAUGCACAAGGCUUUAAAACAUUUAAGAGAACUUCUUCUUUGUUGCUUAGAACAUGUUAAAACAUUAAAAAUGGGAGAAGAUAUCGAUGAUGAUUAUAAUCUUAAAGCAACAAAUUUAAAUCUAAUGGGCUUCAGCAAAGGAUGUGCAGUUUUAAAUCAAAUUCUUUAUGAGUUUAAUUAUUAUGCUGAAAAUCCAAAUGAGAAUAUUCAUAUAAAUAAUUUUAUAAAACUCAUCAAAAGUAUGUGGUGGUUGGAUGGUGGACAUAAUGGUGCCAAAAAUACAUGGAUUACAGAACAGAAUAUACUUCGGUCUUUUGCUAAAUUAAGAAUAAACACUCACGUACAUGUUACACCAUAUCAAGUACGAGACACUCAUCGACCAUGGAUUGGUUCGGAAGAAAAUAAUUUCAAUGAGAUUUUAAAAAAUAUGGGAAUAUCUGUACAACGAACCUUACAUUUUGGUGACAAAACACGAAGUUUGUCAUGGCAUUUUAAUAUUCUUACAGAUAUCAGAAAUAAUGUAGAAUAAAGUCGUUGUACACUUCUCCAAUGUUAAAUGUUGAAAAUAUACUAAUAAGUAUUUAUCUAUAAAAUUGAUAGAAUAAUAGAUUACAGUGUUUUCUCACUUGAGAAUGAAAACAAGCAUAAAACUAUAUGCAAAUUAUAAUCUUGAUUGAUAAUAAUAAUAAUGUAAUUGGCAUUUCUGUGUUGCAAAUUAUCUAAAAAAAAUAAUUGAAUAGAAUCUAUUUUAUGAAUUUAGAAUAUUCCUAUAAUAUGUACAUUAAUUUAAUCAAAAAUAUAAUCUUAAAAUAUAGUCAUAAGAAAGAGUAAUAAAGUUCAUUAAGUACAAAUAUAUGUGAUGUAAUAUUU